UGAGUUUCUUUUUUAGAAGACUCAGUUUUGAGGCUAGUAUGAAGUCAAGACUGCCUGUCACAUUGAAGGAUCCCCACCACUCCUUAACUCUAUCCCUAAAACCCUCCACAUUUAUCCACCACUUCUCAAACUUGAAGUAAGAUUUUUUGGAAGCUCAUUCCCACAAGUCGGUACUAUGGGGUUAUGAUCAGAACCCAAGGUAGGCAGAGCACUUUUUCUAAUUUGGGUGAAAAUCUCAUCCCAAGGAAAAGAGUGCAAGAAUCUUUCUCAAAAAGGAAAAGAGUACAAGAAUCUGUCAAUCUCCGAGGCAUUUCUCUGAUUUGCCCCUCCUCUCCAUGUGUAGGAUCCCCCAAAUAAAGGAGGAUCCACAAGUUCCAGUUCAUUAAUGCAACUAUGCAACCGGUGAAGUCAUACAUAGCCCCUGAGAUUCUGCUACAAUUAGUCUUUUCUGAGGGGAACCUUGUGGUGUUAAAAUCCCCACAUACCACCCAAGGUCCCGCACAGAAACUCCUCAUUGCUCCCUGCUCCUCCCACAGUUCCUUUCUCUCAAUCCUAUCACAAGAUGCAUACACUGCAGUUAUAAACCAGAUGAGUUCAUGAUUUAAACCACUGAGCUUGCAAGUAGUGCUCUGAUUGCCACUUUCUACUCGUUUUCUACUCGUUCCCCUUCCUAAUUUCUCUUGUCCCACAUUAUCAGUAUGUCCCCCUUACUACCUAAAGAUUCUACCCAAAUUCCUCCUAUCCAUCUGUUGCCCCCCCCCCCCCCCCAAUUGCUGUAGAUAGUCACCUACGUCUCCACUAAGUUGUCUCUAUCAACACUAUUAUGUCCACCCUCCUCUUGUUGUAUUCUACUCCUCCUUCCUAAAUUCCUCUUAGUAUCCAUGUUGAGCCCCCUCACAUUCCAUGAAAAAAUCUAUAGCUUCAUGAUAAAUGAGAGGCUGCAUUUCUCCCUCUACUCCUUGGUUCACUCCUAGAAUCCUUAUCUUUGUAGUUAACAUCAAAGAUAAGAUUUCUUACUUCUUUGGGUACCAUCUGCUUAUCGCCAAUCACCGAAAUGGUUUCUAUUGUUGUUAAUUCUUUGAGCCGCCUCUGAUCAAUUUUAAGUAGCAGAUUGAAAGCUUCCUCUGUGCACCCCUCGAAAGCUACUCCAAAUUCCUUGCUCAGCCUCAACAUAUUAUUCUGUACCCAUUCGUUUGCCUUGCCUUUGACUUCCUUACAGCAUUCCGAAGCAUCGCAUUGAAAAAGCAAAAUUUAGGGAAAGGCUGGAGCCUAACAAAGAAAAAAUACCGGCUCAUGUUAUGCAAGUUAUUGAAGAAGAACUUACAAAACUGCAACUACUGGAAGCUAGUUCAAGUGAAUUCAAUGUGACACGUAAUUAUCUUGAUUGGUUGACUGCUUUGCCAUGGGGUAGUUACAGUGAUGAGAACUUUGAUGUACUACGGGCAGAAAAAAUUCUUGAUGAAGACCACUAUGGGUUAACUGAUGUUAAGGAAAGGAUCUUGGAAUUUAUAGCAGUGGGAAAACUCAGAGGAACCUCACAAGGGAAAAUCAUAUGCCUCUCUGGCCCUCCCGGAGUGGGCAAAACCAGUAUAGGUCGUUCAAUUGCACGUGCAUUGAACCGCAAGUUCUACCGAUUUUCUGUUGGAGGGUUGUCUGAUGUUGCUGAAAUAAAGGGACAUCGACGGACUUAUAUUGGUGCCAUGCCGGGGAAGAUGGUACAAUGUUUAAAAAGUGUGGGAACAGCUAAUCCUCUUGUUUUGAUAGAUGAAAUUGAUAAGCUGGGAAGGGGACAUGCUGGUGAUCCAGCAAGUGCUAUGUUGGAGCUUCUCGAUCCAGAACAGAAUGCAAAUUUCUUGGAUCAUUAUCUUGAUGUCCCUAUUGAUUUAUCAAAGGUUUUGUUUGUCUGCACAGCCAAUGUCUUGGAAAUGAUACCUAAUCCUCUUUUGGAUAGAAUGGAGGUAAUUGCAAUCGCUGGUUACAUUACUGAUGAGAAACGGCACAUAGCCAGGGAUUAUUUGGAAAAAAGUACCCGUGAAACAUGUGGGAUCAAGCCCGAACAGGUUGAAGUGACUGAUGCAGCUCUUCUCGCUUUAAUAGAAAAUUAUUGCAGAGAAGCUGGUGUUCGCAAUCUGCAGAAGCAAAUUGAAAAAAUUUAUCGCAAGAUAGCUCUAAAGCUUGUUAGGAAAGAUGGCAAGAUUGAGCCCCAGAAUGCCGGGGUAAAUGAGGUAAAAGCAGAAUCUGUCCAUAUAUCAGAUGAAAUCAAGUCUAAGGAAGAAACUCAGGCUGGAGCUAAGUCUGUAGAGGGUAGCAAUGAUGACAAGCCCUCUGAAAAUGAUGCUGAAGCUCUGGAAGCCCCAGUAAACCAAAUGCAGAUGUCUACUGAUGAAGAUACUCAUUUACAGGAAGUUAAUGAAGCUACAGAAAGUGAAGCAAGUAAAACAAUAGAAAAAGUGGUCGUGGACUCACCAAACCUAGCUGAUUAUGUUGGUAAACCUAUUUUCCAUGCUGAGCGCAUAUAUGAUCAGACCCCAGUUGGAGUUGUGAUGGGUCUUGCUUGGACUUCAAUGGGUGGCUCAACACUCUAUGUAGAAACGUCUCUGGUGGAGCAAGGAGAAGGAAAAGGGGCUCUCAAUGUAACAGGACAGCUAGGCGACAUUAUGAAAGAAAGUGCCCAAAUUGCCCAUACGGUUGCCAGGAUCAUUUUGCAGGAGAAGGAGCCUGAUAACCACUUCUUUGCGAAUAGUAAGCUUCAUCUUCAUGUUCCUGCGGGUGCUACCCCUAAGGAUGGCCCUAGUGCUGGUUGUACUAUGAUAACAUCCUUGUUGUCUCUUGCCAUGAAAAAGCCUAUUAAACCUUACCUGGCAAUGACCGGGGAAGUCACGCUAACUGGAAAAAUUCUUCCUAUUGGGGGGGUCAAGGAGAAAGCCAUAGCAGCACGACGAAGUGAUGUGAAAACUAUAAUAUUCCCUUCAGCUAAUCGAAGAGAUUUUGACGAGCUGGCUCCUAAUGUCAAGGAAGGCCUUGAUGUACACUUUGUGGAUGACUACAAACAAAUAUAUGAUUUGGCAUUUUGACAGCUAGAGUAUAGAAUAUUAAGUUGCUUUUUGGUGACAAAUUGUCCAGUUGUAGGUCGAGUUCGCCAUCUCAUUCAUUCCAGUCCUUAUGCCCCCGAGAUGUUUUGUUUUGCCCCCUUGUCACAACAAGCAACUUUGAUUAUUUUAUUUCACACCAUUGUAUCACAUAAUUCAUAAAUCUCAAGGAGAUGGAUUAUACCUUUUGCCAAGAAUGAAGAUAAGAUUUGACGGAA